AAUGUUUAACCAGUAAUAUUAAAGGUUAUACUAUAUAGUUAAACCAGAGAAAGAAAUAAAAGAAUAGAUGGAACUUCAUCAUCCAUUCACCAACCUAAAAGCAUAUCUCAACAGACAGAAGGUCUAUUUUCUUCAUCGAAAGCCAGCAACUGUAUUUUGCUUUUAUUUAAAGUUAUAUAAAAUAAAGGCCUGCAAGAGAAAAAUGGAGCGCAGAACAUCAUAAUGGGGAGCCAAAUUCUGCACCCAAAAGUUGCACCAAUUCAACCAGAAUGGGACCUGGAAGACAUCCGCAUGGCAUUCUUCAAAUGCACCAGAUGGCAAGUAGAGGAAACUCUGGAUCCAAUCAACUGCCCUUUCCAUUACUUCUGCGACAGCAUUUAUCCAGGGAAUUAUCCACCGGCUGUGGAUGUUCUAGUUCUUCUUCUUACAACUGCUUCAUACCUGGCAACACUAGUCAUCAUGUUAAUAGACAUAUCAAGAAGAGGGCGGCCUUGUCUCAGUCAAUCCAAGAGAUUCUUGCUGCCUUCGGGUCCGGUGUCACUCCCGCUAAUCCUUUUAGCACUAGCCAAUGGUCAAAGGAUUAACAUCCUAUUUCCUCUCUCGUGCAUUGCUCCAGCAAUCCUUCAACUGAUUCAAAUUUCUGCCCUUGCCUUCGACAUUGGAGCUGACAAGGACCCUAGGUACGCGUUCUUUGAAGCUUCCACAAUUUCGGGGAUUUUGCAUGCCAGUGUAUACCUGGAUUCCAUUAUCCUUCCUUACUAUACAGGUUUUGAUGCUCUAGCAUCGUCAACAUUUUCUGGUGAGUGCCUCUCUUGCGUGUGUCGCAAAGAGGUUUUGGUUGCAGGAGGGAAGUUGAUCACUUACCGGGGAUGCUCGGUGACAACAUUUUGUGUCAUAGGAGCUCUGUGUUUAAGGAUUAUUUGCAGGCUGUGCGUAAAGAACAAAGGAAAAUUCUUAUCUAUCAAGUCACUAUUGGAGAGUUUAGCUUGGAUCUUGAUCACCAAGGAUUGCAUUUACCUGGUGGCAAACUCUCCGCCAGAACAAUCAGUGCCACAAGCUGCUGCUUUUGGAGGCAUGCUAUUAUUAAUUUGCCUUCAUGCACUCAAGAAGUUCUGCACACGGAUUACGCAGGGGCACUGAGUUUGAAAUGAUUGUAUGGUAGGGGCUACGUACGGGGCCGGACAAGGGUGCGAAAGAUUUUAUUAUCAUCAACCGUAGAAGUAGCCGCCUUUAGAUGGUAAAGGUUCGUCGAAGACACUAUCGACGUUGUACAGGAAGACCAAAUGUACAGUUGAAUUCACAUCUUUGCCUCAUUCUAGGACGAAAUAGUUGACUGUUUGGCCCAGCAAUCUCUCAUGUCUAUAUUGGCAGAAGACUUAACAGCGAGAACAGACACUAAAGAGUCCAAGACAAAAUGGUGGAACCGCUUAUCACAAUUAUAAAUUUCAAUGCAAAAACAAUACAAUUUCUUUCAGAUCCGUUAUAUAAUUGGGAAAAAUUGAUCAUAUAAGUAUAACAAUGCUCGAACCUGAGAUGCCAGCACAAGGUGAAAAUUUGAGCAUCAACUUCAUCUCUCAUUGCAGUACCAACCCUCUUCAACAGAAAAUCGUUGCAUUCCGGGAGAGAAGCAAAUGAAAGCAUGAAUCCCAGUUAUAAUACCAACCCUCUUCAACAGAAAAUUGUUGCAUUCCAGGUGCAAAGCAAA